AGCUGGAGCAGUUCGUGGCCCAACUCGGUCAUCCGUUUGGAGUUCUUGAGCCCAUGGCGACCAUUGAGAGACUGGAGUCCUUGCCGCGUGUGCAGUUUGGACGAACGGACAUGAUGGUGUCUCGCGCCUGUGGCGGUACCAUGAUGUGGGGGACCUUGAACAAGGAGGAAAGGAUGGCCCACGAGCAGUUGGACGCCCUCGUUGAGCAGGGCGUCAACUUCAUUGACACAGCCGAGCUGUACCCGGUGCCCUUCGAGGGCGGCAAGGUGACGGAGGAAUGGAUCGGCCAUUGGUUGGAGGGAGCCCUUGCGGCCAAAAAGAUCCAACGAGAUCAGUUUUAUAUCGCCACCAAAGCGAAUCCCUCCAACAAUGGUGCACCGGACAUGAAAGGGCGCAAGAAGCCGUGGGGCUUCGACCAAGAGUCGCUCUUGGCCUCGUGUAAGGCAUCCAUUGAGCGAUUGAAGUGCCAGUACAUCGACCUGUACUACCUGCAUUGGCCAACCCGGAACGUGCCGGUCUUUGGUUGCAUCUCCUAUUUCCCGGACAAGAACCGACCGGUGCCAUCUUUUGACAAAGGUGAAGUGAAGGACUUUGAAGCCCAGGUCCUGGCCAUCAAGGCCCUUUUCGACGCAGGAUUGAUCAAGCACUGGGCCCUCUCCAACGAGAACAAUUACGGCGUGACCAUGUUUUGCCUCACCUGCGACCGGCUGAAUGUGCCGCGGCCCGUGUGCGUGCAGAACGACUACUCCCUGAACAACCGCAUCUUCGACACGGACUGCUACGAAGCUUGCCACCGCUUUGGCCUGGUCAGCUGCCACUUCGGCCUGCUCUGCGGAGGCGUCCUGAGUGGCAAGUACAUACGAGACUCACCUUAUGCCAAGAAGGACCCCGGGAGGGACUUGGGCGAGUGCCGGCACCACGCCCGGCCGAACUUCCAGCCGCGGUACUCCUAUCCGAUGCCGGCGAAGGCCACUGAGCGCUACGUGGUGCUCGCGGAGAAGUAUGGCUUGACGCCCACGGAGCUGGCGGUUGCUUGGGCCAACCAACGGCCGCAUGCGGGCGCGGUGAUCAUUGGCACGACCACCAAACGCCAGGUCGAGGAGUGCGUGGGGGCAUGCAAGAUUAAGGCCUUGCCCAAGGAGCUCUUAGCUGAGAUCGACCAGACCCACGAGGAGUUCCGGAAUCCCAACAUGCACUUCGUCAGCAAGGACUUGAUCUCCAACGCACCCUGGCUGAGUCGCUAGAGGUGGGAAAUGGAAAAAGAAGACACGCCGCUGAGCGCGCGGAGGAGGAGGCAGGUGAGUGAGUGAGUCAACGUGACUUCGGUUUCCAGGCGACUUCGCUGAGUGUUUUCUUUUUCCCGGCAACCACCUAUGUUGUUUUCGGACAACCACAUGAUACAGAACGUUCUGCGCAGAACGUCGCCGUGGAGGUAUCCCCCGGAAAAUGUCUCCUGUUCAACCAGUUUUCA